GAGAGGCUUUGAAGAGCUCGUCUGUUGCCAUGAUGCGAGCGCCAAAUAACGACCAUGCCAUCUUUGUGCAGUUGCAGCUUAGUGCUGCUGGUCCUAUCAUGUAUACUAUCAACCGUGGAGUGUACAAUCGAUCGCAAAUCCAUUGUCCAACAGUAUAACCUCAAGCUCAGCCAGUCACAUCCAUACAGCCCUAUCCAAGUAGGAAAUGGCAGAUUCGCAUUUGGUGCUGAUGUCACGGGCCUGCAGACCUUUCUUCCACACAACACACUAUCCUCAUGGGGCUGGCACAAUUCAUCGUUACCUACAACGCCAAACCAGACACUGCCUGAAGACUACACUGGUGUCGACUGGUGGACUCAUGAUCGGCUUGUCAACUAUGAGCAACCCAACCCCACUCAGAAAGAUAUAAGCCAGUGGAUGAUAGCAAAUCCGCAUCGAAUCAACCUCGGGAGAAUCGGAUUGUGGUUCGACGGACACAAUAUCACUGAGCAAUCACUGGGAGGCAAGACGCAAUCCCUGGACCUUUGGACAGGAGUGAUUUCUUCUUCUUUUAUACUCAAUGGCGAAAAAGUCAAUGUCACCACAGUGGUGAGCCCUGAGACGGACACAGUGGCUGUCAAGAUAUCAUCGAAGCUACUGACACAGGGUAACCUGGGUGUGAUCUUUGACUUCCCGUAUGCGACUGGGAAGAAUAAGUUCGACACACCGUUUGUGGGAUUGUUCAAUGCCACGUCAAACCACACCACCAGACUCAGUGCUUCGGAUGGUCGGGCGGUAAUCACGCAUACACUAGAUGCGACGACGUAUGUCGCGGACAUUGCUUGGGAGGGCAACGCUACUCUGGCUCGGCUCAGCAAGGAGGAACACAAGUACGUUUUGAAGACCGCCCAGCAAGCGGAAACGAUGUCUUUCACUGCCACAUAUGCACAACAUGCUGGAAAUACUACUUGCACUUCUGUCGAAGACGUCCUAAAGACAUCAACAGCAUGGUGGGCCGAUUACUGGUCGUCUGGCGCCUUCAUUUCUCUCCCCACAGUAACCAACUCUUCCGCCAACGAGCUCCAACGCCGGAUUAUCCUCUCUCAGUAUCUACUUGCUGUCAACGGUGCCGGAAAAGACCCUGCGCAAGAGUCCGGCCUUGUAAACAACGGCUGGUAUGGCAAAUUCCAUCUAGAGAUGGUCUUCUGGCACCUAGCACACUGGGUGUUCUGGUCAAAGUGGGACCUGUACAACCGCAGCAUAGGCGUCUACGACCGCUUUCUUAUGUCAAGUUUUGAUCGCGCGAAGAAGCAACGCUACGACGGCGCGCGCCUAGGCAAGAUGAGCGACCCCAGCGGCCGCUCCGCCCCAGGCGAAAUCAACAGCCUGCUGAUAUGGCAACAACCUCAUCCCAUGUACUUCGCAGAAAUGGAGUACCGUACUUUUCCCACCGCCGCCACGCUGAGGAAAUGGGACCACAUCCUCGGGCCCCUGGCAGACUUCAUGGCCAGCUACGCGUUCUACAACACCAGCACGCACGUCUAUGACCUCGGGCCUCCAAUGUACCCUGUCUCUGAGAACACUCCGCCAAACGCAACCGUAAAUCCGAUUUUCGAACUGGCGUACUGGCGCUUCGGUCUCGCUGUUGCUUCAGCAUGGCAAGUUCGCCAAAACAAGAGCGUGCCAGAGAAAUGGACACAUGUACACGAUAACCUGGCCCCUUUUCCCGUCGAAAACGAUACGUACGUCACUUACGAAGGAAUAAGGGAUAUGUGGACCACCCCGGAGUACACAGAAGACCACCCCGGCCUUCUUGGUAUUUACGGCUGGCUACCUCCCGAACCGCGCUUCAACCUUACUAUCUUUGAAAACACCAUUGCCAAGGUACAUGAGACGUGGAACUUCCCCUUCUCAUACGGUUGGGACUUUCCGCUGUUGGCGAUUACAGAGGCGCGGAGGGGCGAUGCGGAGAGGGCCGUUAAGUGGUUGCUGGAUGUAAACAAUGAAUUUGAUGAGCUGGGUAUGCCGGUUGGUGGGACGAGGGUGCCGACGCCGUAUUUUCCGAGCGCGGCGGGGUUGUUGCUGGCGGUAGGAAUGAUGGCUGGGGGGUGGGAUGGGAGGGAGGGGAUGGUGUGGCCGGAGGGGUGGAGGGUGGAGGCUGAGGGUUUUGUCAGAGGUAUGUAG